CGUAGUCGUAUGCGCUACUCGUAUGUGUUGUGUGGGAGUGGUGUUAAAAGUGGGAAUUUGACAGCAGAGUCAGUUACUAGUAUGUGAUGGAACUUUGUGAUCGUCCCUUGUCAGUAAACGAAGCCGCGUACAUAAUUUUUCAUUAGUCCCCAAAGAAAUAGUGUUAGCGCUGUCUGCUAAUUUCGUCAACCUGUCAGAUGCCGAAGAGUUGAGAAUGAGUACAGAUGACGCCUCACAGUUCCCUAAGGUUUCCGAGGGAAAUUCCAAAAAAUGGGUGUCGUUCGAAGAGGAAGAACAAGAAAAAAUGGACAAAGAAAUGAGCAAAGUGGCACCAAAAGUACCUUUACCCGUCACUAAUGAAGACGCAGACGACGAAUACCAUGGCGCUAUUAUCAAUCCAGAAACAGUGCAUGUGAAUCUCGACCGAAGCUUGAGCAGAUCCGUUUCGCCGGAAAAGCUUCCAGAACCACCAAAAAGGAAAGUUAUAAAACCUUCGCCGAGCGAGGCAUCAGAAUAUAGCGGUACAGUUAUGGGCUCUGAAUCUGUCCACCUCAACAUAGAUAAAACAUCAUACAGUCGAGUUUCAGCAGAAGAAGCUGAUAAAAGGAGCAGUGUGCCAGCGACGAAAGCAAACAGUACAGAAGUGACACUUCGUACUGUAGACCUGAGGGACGUCAGUAAUGGCACUCAUGCUGCUAGUAACAGAGGACCGUCGAUCAAUAGUGCAAUUAUUAGACAAGGAUUUGCUAAUGGGGACAUAAUUGUAACACUGCUUCCAGUCAAUACAAAAUGGCCAUGGAUUACACCAGCUAAAUUUCGACCGGAAUUAGUACCUGAGGAACUCAUGGCUCAAGGUUUAACACUAACAGUAGAAGAUUAUGUUCAUGUGAUGGAAAUACUGACAAAUGAUUUUAGGUUCAACAUUUACAAUAUAUGCUACAAACGCAUUCUUGUAGCCUGGAUAUUUACAGCAUUUGUUGUCCUACUUGGUCUUCUGUUUUCUGGGGUGACUGGUUUGACACUAUUUGGACUCGGUGUUAUGUGGCUCAUCCUGAAUGCUUUAGCAAUUUUUUUCUGUAUGUGGGUGAAAAUUAGGUUAAACCAUAACUUGGAGCGCUGUAUGGCACAAGUAAACAAGCACUUACUGAAGCACAGAAUCAUCCUGGGACUUGAUGAUAGAGGAAAGUUGUCUUGCCAUAAAGUGAAUUUAUGCUUCAUUUACUUUGAUGCUGUUGAUUGCAUUAAAAAACUUCAAGAAGUAAUAGAAAGGGAGGAACGUGAAGGCCGUCCUGUAAACAGAGAGGAAACUGUUGAAGAGCGUAGACAGAGACAACAAUUUCAGCUGAGAAUGGACAUAGAAGAUCAUGACAUUAUUAUUCAGGGAAGCAACACAACAAGAGUGUCUCGGAAACAGGAACGUGCUGAGAUGGUUUUCCUUCGCUACUCACACCGAUGGGCUAAAGAAUUUGUCCGCAAACAUCUUGAGCUGUCAGUGGAUGGAGCAGGGCAUGGGGGCUUCCCCUCUGCACCUCCUCGACAUUGCAUUACCUCUCGGUGCCCUUGUCAAUUCAUAGAGGAGCACCUCAAAUAUAAACCACGAGCUGUUUAUCAAAAGCCACGGGUGGCUUUAGUGGAAACAUUUUGAUCAGUUAUUAUCCUUGCAGCAUCUGUGCUCUGAUGGUUGAUCGACAAUUUGAGUUCAAUUAUUAGAUGGUCCUCUUGCAGUCGUGCAGCAGUCACACCAUAAAAUAAUUUUCCAGUUUGUUAUCUUUCAUGGGGAAUAUUGUAAGAAGAUAAUGCCUCACAUUUUGUGAGUAAUUUAAUGGGUGAACAAAAGUUAUAUAUAUUUUAGAAACUGGUGCUUGAACCUCGCAAGGGACUACAUCAGUGAACAGGUUUUUCUUUUGUUAUCGUGCUCUGCUCAGAAACAUACUGAAUGUGUUGUAAUUUCAUGAUGAGCAGAACAGUUAAAAAGGGACAUUCUGUGAUAGGCUUCCAUUAACUGUUAAUAAAACCAUUUUCUUUAAUGUUAGAUUUCAGAUUUUUAUCUCAUUUUUUUAUAGUUGUGAAAAGUGUUACUAAUCAAUGCGUGAUGUGUUUGAUUCUGGUAUGAACAUUAUGGUGAACUGUCUGGGGUGCUUAUUUAUAUAAAAAAUAGAAAGAAAGCAAAACAAAUGAGGAAAAGAGCUAGAGAAUAAUACUUGAACAAUUUUAUUUUGAGCACAACUCAAUUCCGUCCUAAAUGCAUUUACUGCUCAUUCAUUUUCUUGUAACCAUUAAUUAAUAUUACCACAUUGUACGUGAUCCUGUAUGUACUAUGUCUUAUGAUGUAAAAUAUUAAAUAUUUUUAUUUUUAAUACACUUUUUCACUCAUAAUGUGCCUUGUGUAGACAUAAUGUUACUGAAUGCAGCAUUGUAAAUUAGUGUUUUAAAUAUAAAAUCUACUCAUCCAAAUUAUGCAAAAAUGAAUUAAGUAAAUAAAUGAACUUUAAUUAGUGUUCAUGUAGCACACUCAUCUGAAAUUUGUUGAUCAGGUUUAGAGUUUUCAACAAUUAAUUCCAGUUUUGGCAUUUU